AUGUUAGCGGUGGGGCAGAUGGAUGCUAAUCGCCAGAGCGCGUUCGUCCUCAGCAGCACGCCGCUGGCCGCGCUGCACAACAUGGCCGAGAUGAAGACCUCCCUCUUCCCCUACACCCUGCAGAACCCCUCCGGCUUCAAGGCGCCGGCCCUGGGCGGACUCAACACGCAGCUCCCCUUGGGGACGCCGCACGGAAUAAGCGACAUCCUGGGGCGGCCCGUGGGUGCCGCCAGCAAUCUCCUGGGCGGGCUGCCCCGCAUCAACGGACUGGCGGCCUCGGCGGGGAUGUACUUCAACCCCGCCGCCGUCUCCCGCUACCCGAAGCCGCUAGCGGAGCUGCCGGGGCGGCCGCCCAUUUUCUGGCCGGGAGUGGUGCAGGGCUCUCCCUGGAGAGACCCCCGGCUCGCCUGUCCCGCUCAGACGGGGAUGGUUUUGGACAAGGACGGCAAGAAGAAACACUCGCGACCGACUUUCUCUGGGCAGCAGAUUUUUGCUUUGGAGAAAACCUUCGAACAGACGAAAUACUUGGCAGGACCGGAGAGAGCCCGCCUCGCCUACUCCCUAGGGAUGACCGAGAGCCAAGUGAAGGUCUGGUUCCAGAACAGACGGACCAAGUGGCGGAAGCGGCACGCGGCGGAGAUGGCCUCGGCGAAGAAGAAGCACGACUCGGAGACGGAGAAGCUGAAGGAGAGCUCGGACAAUGAGGACGACGACGAGUACAACAAGCCCCUGGACCCCAACUCAGACGACGAAAAGAUCACCAGGCUUUUGAAAAAGCACAAAUCCACGAACCUCUCCCUCGUCAGCCCCUGCAGCACCAGCUCGGACACCUUGUGA